AUGGAGCUUCCUCCUCUCACACUGAACCAGCUUUCGACUGUGGCUGCGUCCAACCUUCCACCGUCACAGCUUUAUGAAGUUUUGUCACGAUAUGAAAUCGAGGCGGCUCUGCUGGCUUCUGUCUCAACAAAUGCCGGGUCAGGAGGGGAACACAAUGAACUAUUGAGCGUGUUUUAUUCAAGCUUCUUCUUCGCUCACCUUCUCACGAAUCAGCUCUCCGAAGCUCGCGCCUUGACGCAAAGAGUGCCAGACGCCCUUCGAAACUCAGACACGUCAACUCAGAAUUGCCUGACGCUCCUUCGAGCCUUGUGGCAAACUCAACAUGGCCAAGUGUAUCAGAUUCUCCGAGAGAUCCCCUGGCCGCAAGCGAUACGACCACUAAUCCGGAGAUUUGACGGUUUCUUCCAAGACGAAACGUUAAUCGCGGUCAGUAAAUCCUACGAAGCUAUCAGACCUGAUGUCGCAGCAAGCUACCUUGGUCUGGAUCCACAAGCGCUAGAGAGUGGGGAGUCUUCGGUGAUUAGCAAGUUCACCAGCUGCGGUUGGAAAUGGGACUCGACAGCGAAGCUACUAUUCCCCUCCCCCAUCGUCGUGCAGACCGAGGCUCAACACUCGACCAACGCCUUCUUCGACACGAUGGCCUUGCUAGGCAAACGCGACUAG